AUGCUCUUACUUCCAAUCUCACUACCAGAACAAAGACCUGGUGAUGGCUUGUUCUACUAUAAUGUCGCCAUAUGUUCUGCGCACCUCCUUCAAUGCCAAGUUCAGGUUCGAGCUUGACAUCCAUUUGCUUUUAUUUACUACCAUUGCUAUCAUAUGUGUCUGCUUCUUCCUCUGGUUUAAGAAGCCCAUCAAGAACCUGACCGAUGAGACGCCUGCUUCUGCUUUCGGGGGUUUGAGCGAUCCCUCCGAACUCUGCCAGCACACCAAUACACCGAUCACGUCAGCUUCGACUUCUUCCAGCGUCUUGGACGAACUUCUCGACACCACCAUCCCUGGCACAAGUCAUCAUUCAUCUCGACGCUCCUUCUCUCCGACCAACGUUGAGGGAGUUAUGAUCUACUCACCCUCAAAGGCUAUGGCAACGAACGACACUCUGAUCUUCGUCGCCGACUUCCUCGAAGACCGCCUCGGGAACUUCGCUCAUCCGGGAACCGACAUUAUGCUUGCAAAAUUCCAACGCAAGCGCUCUACUAUGGGCUCCCAAAUCCCUCUAUUUGGCAGAGAACACUCCGGCAUAGCCACUCAUGCUUUUGAGAAAGAGGCUUGGUACGGCGAGAGUUGCCCACUCGAUGCCAUGAUCUGGUUACUCAAAAAGCGUCUCUCCGGUGUGGAGGACUCCAACAUGGUGUUUUCAGGCUUUGAGGAGAAGAGGGAGAAGAGGGAGCAGAAAGAGACAAAAAGAUUAGAGGAGCCAAAGGAGGAUCUGCAGCAAGAGAAAGAUUCUGAGCAGGAGAAGACAAAUUGUGAAGGGGGCAAAGAGCAAAAGGAGCAGAGGGAGGAAGCUAAACCUGCUCCCUGUUCAUUUGAGGGACGAGGAACACAGGAUCGAGCGCUAUGAAGUGGAAGCCACGACCCCAGUGCCUUCCAGGAUUUAAGUGCACGGCAAGUUGACAAAUAUCAACGCAACACACGCGCUUGUCAUAUGCACCUUCCAUCUCCUCAGACUUCAGAUUCUCUAUGUCAACGCCCGAAAAUCAUUUCAUGGUCUUGGCGACAUCAUCGAUGC